CCCGCUCGCUUGCUCGCUCCAUUCUCCCUCCGCUUCAGAUUAAAGGGGGGGAGGGAAAAGGAGCUCGGCCGCCAUUUUCCCAGUGCCGCCGCCGCCACCGCCACCGCUCGCCGAGCCGGCGGGAGAACCAAGCGCCGUAGCGAAGCCGACUCGUCUCGCCGCGGCGGCUUGGGGGGCGGCCGAAGUGCGCUCCCCGGCCGGGAAGAAGCGCCCGGGGUGGCGGCCGGGGUGCGGGCGCGGGCUGCAGACGGCGGCGCUUGUUUGUGCGGGGCGGGGGGGGCAGCUUUACCCUCUGCCCCCGCCCGCCCGCCGGGGCUGCGGUCCCCGGCCGUGCUCAGACCGGGCCGGAACGGAGGAAGGCCGGAGAAAGGGCCCGAAAGAGAAGAAAAAGCAGCCGCUCCCCGCCGCCGCCUUCCCCUCCCCCUCCGCCUCGCCCCCCCGCCCGGAAAGUCAGGGCGGCUCCGGGCGCCGGGGGGGAGGAGAGCGGCGGGCCGGGCCGGAGCAGCCGCCGCGCGCCCCCGCCCGCUGGUCCUCGGCGCCCAGGCCGGGGGGCUGUUUGCAAACUGCGCCCAUUUUGUGGGGCCGAAUCCGCCCGGGCUACGCUCCUCCAUCACGUGUGUGUUCUCAGGGGAGGCAGUAAGGGGCCGUGGAGCUGGCCUCAGCACUGGGAGAGGCUGGACUUCCUGUCUCUCUGUGCUGAAUGGCUGCGAUGGCGCCCGCUCUCACUGACGCAGCAGCUGAAGCACACCACAUCCGGUUCAAACUGGCUCCCCCAUCCUCCACCUUGUCCCCUGGCAGUGCCGAAAAUAACGGCAACGCCAAUAUUCUUAUUUCUGCCAACGGAACCAAAAGAAAAGCCAUUGCUGCGGAGGAUCCCAGUCUAGACUUCCGCAAUAAUCCUACUAAGGAAGACUUGGGAAAGCUGCAGCCAUUGGUGGCAUCUUAUCUCUGCUCUGAUGUAACAUCUGUUCCCUCAAAAGAGUCUUUGAAAUUGCAGGGCGUUUUCAGCAAGCAGACAGUCCUUAAGUCUCAUCCUCUUUUAUCUCAGUCCUAUGAACUCCGAGCUGAGCUGUUGGGGAGACAGCCAGUUCUGGAGUUUUCCUUAGAAAAUCUUAGAACCAUGAAUACAAGUGGUCAGACAGCUCUGCCACAAGCGCCUGUAAAUGGAUUGGCUAAGAAAUUGACUAAAAGUUCAACACAUUCGGAUCAUGACAAUUCCAGUUCCCUCAAUGGGGGAAAACGGUCUCUCACUUCAUCAUCUCUACAAGGUGGUGAGGUGGGGGGAUCUGACUCUGGGAACUUGAAGGGGGGUAUGACCAAUUGCACUCUUCCACAUAGAAGCCUUGAUAUACAACACACAACUCUAUAUAGCAAUAAUAGCACUGCAAACAAAUCUUCUGUUAAUUCCGUGGACCAGCCGGCACUUCAAGGAAGCAGCAGGUUAUCACCUAGUACAGACUCCAGCUCUAACUUGACAAAUGUGAAGUUAGAAGUCAAAAAGUCUCCUCUGUCUUCCAUUCUUUUCAGUGCUUUAGACUCUGAUACAAGGAUAACAGCUUUACUGAGGCGGCAGGCUGAUAUUGAGAUCCGUGCCCGGAGGUUACAGAAACGAUUACAGGUUGUGCAAGCCAAGCAGGUGGAGAGACAUUUACAGCACCAACUGGGUGGAUUUUUGGAGACGACAUUGAGUAAACUGCCAAACUUGGAAUCCUUAAGGUCCCGGAGCCAGUUGAUGUUGACCCGAAAGGCUGAAGCUGCCUUGAGAAAAGCUGCCAGUGAGUCUGCCACUUCAGAGGGACUUAGCAACUUUUUGAAAAGUGAUUCAAUUUCAGAAGAAUUGGAGAGAUUUACAGCUAGUGGCAUAACCAACCUGAGGUGCAGUGAGCAAGCGUUUGAUUCGGAUGUCACAGACAGUAGUUCCGGAGGGGAGUCUGACAUUGAAGAGGAAGAACUGACUCGAGCUGAUCCUGAGCAAUGCCAUGUGCCCCUGAAACGUAGGUCUGAAUGGAGAUGGGCUGCAGACCGAGCAGCUAUUGUCAGCCGCUGGAACUGGCUUCAGGCCCAUGUUUCUGAUUUGGAAUAUCGAAUUCGUCAGCAAACAGAUAUUUACAAACAGAUACGUGCUAAUAAGGGGUUGAUAGUCCUUGGGGAGGCACCUUUCCCAGAUCAUACAACAGACUUACUUUCACUUAGUUCUGAGGUGAAGACAGAUCAUGGGAGAGAUAAAUUGAUUGAGUCUGUUUCUCAGCCAUCAGAAAACCAUGGUAUCCCUGUUAGUAAUAUUACAGAGUCAUUGUCUACCAAAUCAUGUGGAGCACUGAGACCUGUCAAUGGAGUUGUUAACAGUCUUCAGCCUGUCCUGGCAGACCAAGUUCCAGGUGACAGCUCUGAUGCUGAGGAACAAUUACAUAAAAAGCAACGGCUGAAUUUAGUUUCUUCAUCUGAUGGCACGUGUGUCGCAGCCCGAACCCGGCCUGUACUGACCUGUAAGAAACGGAGGCUUGUUAGGCCUGGCAGCAGUGUUCCUCUCUCUAAGAAGGUUCACCGUAAUGUCCGCUCUGGCUGUGAUGUGAAUCCCUCUUGUGCACUGUGUGGUUCAGGCAGUGUGAACACCAUGCCUCCUGAAAUACACUAUGAAGCACCUCUGUUGGAGCGUCUUUCCCAGUUGGACUCCUGUGUUCACCCUGUGCUAGCAUUUCCAGAUGAUGUUCCCACAAGCCUGCACUUCCAGAGCAUGCUGAAGUCUCAGUGGCAAAAUAAGCCUUUUGACAAGAUCAGACCUACCAAAAAGUUUUCUCUUAAGCACAGGGCGACCAUGCCGUGCAGUCUGUCAGAUCCAGUUCGUAAAGACAGACACAAGUUGGUCAACUCCUUCCUUACAACAGCCAUGUUGAAGCAUCACACAGACAUGAGCAGUCCGAGCUACUUGACAGCUACCCACCAUCCACCGCACAGCCCCCUGGUGAGACAGCUCUCCACCUCAUCAGACACCUCCACACCCACCAGCUCGAGCUCACAAGUUGCAGCCAGCACGUCUCAGCCAGUGAGGAGGAGAAGGGGAGAGAGCUCAUUUGACAUUAACAACAUUGUCAUCCCAAUGUCUGUUGCUGCAACAACUCGUGUUGAGAAACUACAAUACAAAGAAAUCCUUACUCCCAGCUGGCGAGAGGUUGAUCUUCAGUCUCUGAAGGGGAGUCCUGAUGAAGAGAAUGAGGAGAUCGAGGACCUAUCUGAUGCAGCCUUUGCUGCCCUGCAUGCCAAAUGUGAGGAGAUGGAAAGGGCAAGAUGGCUGUGGACCACAAGUGUGCCACCCCAGCGUCGGGGCAGCAGGUCUUAUAGGUCAUCAGACGGCCGGACCACCCCUCAGUUGGGCAGUGCCAACCCCUCCACCCCACAGCCUGCGUCCCCUGAUGUCAGUAGUAGCCACUCUCUGUCAGAGUUCUCCCAUGGUCAAUCUCCUAGGAGUCCCAUUAGCCCAGAACUACACUCAGCCCCUCUCACCCCUGUGGCUCGGGACAGUCUGCGACACCUGGCCAAUGAAGACACCCGAUGUUCCACACCAGAGUUGGGACUAGAUGAACAGUCAGUCCAGCCAUGGGAACGACGGACCUUCCCUCUGGCCUACAGUCCCCAGGCAGAAUGUGACGAGCAGCUGGAUGCACAGGACACAGCAGCCCGCUGCACUCGCCGCACCUCAGGCAGCAAGACUGGCCGGGAGGCAGAGGUAGCACCCACCUCGCCUCCUGUUGUCCCCCUCAAGAGUCGGCAUCUGGCAGCAACAGUUGCAGCUCAGCGCCCAGCUCACAGAUGAGCAGAAAAUGAGACUAUACAGACUCACUACUAUUGGCAUUAAAGCUUCAGAAAUCUCUGCGUUUGAUAUUCAAACAUCAUAUGCUGGAAAUUUUCACAGUUUUUAGUGAAUUUAAGGAAUUUAGAUCCUCCUUUGGUUGGUUUGGUUUUGUUGUUUGUUUUCUUGUUCUGUUUUCAUGUCACACCUGAGCACUUCCUCCACUUGGCAGACAAGUUCAGGAAGAGACCCUGCUGGCCUGGUCCUGCAUAUCCUCUGCACUGUUGGAUCACUGGACUCGCAAUGAAUGAUCACCCCUCUCCCCUGCACCUGUGGGGUAGGGCGGGCCAGCCAAAUGGCAGCAGGUAGAUCAGCACAGCCUCCUUAGAUUAGGGGAGUAGAGCAAAAGCAGUCUGGGCUCUUUCCUUCCCUCCUAUCUGUGACUUGGCUUAGCUCUGGUUGGUCACCCCCUCCUUGGUCUUCUAGGAUGGAGCACCCCUCCAGCCAGCUCUGUUGGCUCUGUUGGCUAGCUCUUGUCACUGAAUUCUGGGCCAGCACGAUAGCUGGCUUCACCUUGUCACCUACACCGUGGCCCAUUUUCAGUUUCAUCUGCAUUUGGUAGUCCGUCUUGGCUCUUUGACUGCAGUGCCCUGCUGCAGCUGCUCAGGUCACCCUGCCCUACCUUCCCCAUUUUUUUCUCUCUCCAUCUUCACACAGAUAACGGUAGUCCUUCCAAUCAGAGCUUCUAUGACCCAUUCCCACUCCCCUACAAACUAGUAAGUCCAUGGAGUAUACAUCAUCACUUCUGUAUCAUGUUUUCACUGACGAGUUCACAUGUCUCCCUCACAGCCCUGUCAGACAGUCACUUAGACCCCCCCCUUCCCCUCCCCCUUGCCUGUGGAACGCUGUUGGUCCUAGCUGUGGUUUCCAUCAUUCCCCAUGAACCUCCUGUUAGCCUUGUGCCUGUCUUAUGUAUAAUCACAUCACCAAAAAAGGGGAGGGGGAAAGGAAUUUUCUUUUUCUGCCAUUUUAUAAUCGUACAAAAAUAGUAGGCAGACUGCUUAAUGGUUGGGGUUUUUUCACAAUUUUCAACAUUAGUGAUUUUUUUUUCUUUCUGUUUGCAAGUUAAAAGGUUUGUCAUUGUUUCUUUAAACAACAAUAAUGCACCAUAUCCCUAUGCAUAAAGUGCUUCUUCUAUUUAUAAGGUUGAAAAUUCUGAAUAACCCUUUUAGCAUUGUAAAAAACAAAAACAAAACAAAAAAACCAAAAAAGACAAAAAUUUAAAAAAACUUGUAUUUUGUAAAUAUUUUCUUUUCUGCUUUGAGCUGUGUAAUGGCAGCGAACAUGUAGCUGUCUUUGUUCUAUAGAAAUGCUUUUCUUCAGAGAAGCUGAUCUUUGUUAAUGUCAUGAUUCUGUUUGCAAAGCACAGACUAGUGCUUAAAAAAAAGGACGGAAAAAUGAAAAAAAUAAUAAUAAAAAAAAGAUACAGAGA